AUGUCGAUGUCGAGCAACAACAUAGUAUCCCCACCUGGGACACCAGUAAGACCUCCAAUGAUGACCAUAGAGAACCGCUCAUUUCUCGAUGUCGCUUCUCAUCUUCAUCAUCCAUUGAGGACUCAUGCGUCAAGUGCAUCAUUGCGCUCGCGGGAACCAACUCCACAAAGAAAUUCUGGAGAAGCAAACCGGGGUGGAAAUGUUCGAGUUGUGGUCCGAGUUCGCGGCUUUCUCCCUAGAGAAAUCGAGCGUGGAGCAACAAAUCUCAUAGAAAUGGACCCAAGAAAUCAGACUACUAUUCUUCAUCCUCCUCCAGAAUCUGUUUCAAAAACGAACAGCCGGAAAAUCGUGGAGAAAAAAGAAUUCACAUUUGAUAAUUCUUUCUGGAGUUUUGAUCGCCGCGAUGAUCAUUACGCAGAUCAAGAAGAUGUUUACAAUGCGCUCGGAGAAGAAUUUUUGGAUCACAACUUUGAGGGCUAUCAUACAUGUAUCUUUGCAUAUGGCCAAACAGGCGCUGGGAAGAGUUAUUCAAUGAUGGGUACCCCCGAACAUCCCGGACUUAUCCCACGCACAUGUCGCGACCUUUUCGAGAGAAUUGAAUCGAACAAUUCGCCCAGUGUAAACUAUUCAGUUCGUGUUUCGUACUUUGAAGUCUACAACGAACACGUUUGUGAUCUCUUAGUACCUCGCCGAGAAACACCGUAUUACCUAAAGGUUCGAGAAUCGCCAACUGAAGGCCCUUACAUUAAAGAUCUCACUGAGGUCCCAGUCAGGAAUAUUGGUGAGAUAUUGAAAUGGAUGAAAAUGGGAGAUAAUAAUAGAACUAUUGCGUCCACAAAAAUGAACGAUACUAGUAGUAGGAGUCAUGCAGUGUUCACUCUAGUGUUGAAGCAGAUACACCAUGACAUGGAUACAGACGAAACGACUGAACGAGUCGCAAGAAUUCGGCUUGUGGACUUGGCCGGUUCAGAGAGAGCGAACUCCACUGGCGCUACAGGGGUUCGUUUAAGAGAAGGGUCGAAUAUCAACAAAUCUCUUACAACACUCGGAAGGGUAAUAGCGGCAUUAGCAGACGACGUCCCGACAAAGGCUGGCAGAAAAAAGAGAGAAGUGGUUCCAUACCGCGACUCCAUCUUGACCUGGCUCCUGAAAGACUCCCUUGGUGGUAACUCCAAAACCGCUAUGAUAGCGUGUAUUUCCCCUUCCGAUUACGAAGAAACCCUCUCUACCCUACGCUAUGCGGAUCAAGCCAAACGUAUCCGCACACGUGCUAUCAUUAACCAGGACCAUGUCUCUGCUGCGGAACGUGAUGCCCAAAUUGCGGAGAUGCAGGAAACUAUCCGCAACCUACAAAUCUCUGUAUCUCAAGUCGCCCAAACGAAAAAAGAAAACGAUCGGCAGAACGAACAGCUUGAGAUGUACCAAAACGAGGUAGAGAAGAUGCAGAGAAAGAUGGAGGAGGCGAGACAGGUUGCAGAAUGCAAGAUAAAGGCCUUGCAAACUCAGAACGAGGCAUUGAGGCUGCAUCUAAGACUUGCUAUCGAAAGCUUGAAGAAUCCUAUACCGGCUGUACUCCCGCCGUCCCGAAGAACCAGUAUCGGCGAAGGAGGAGAGGAACAACUCGAUGACGAAGAGGAAUACGACGAAAGUGAAGAAGAAUCCGAAGAGGAAGAGGACGAAGAGAGAGACGAGAUGGAGUCGAGGCUUGCAGAUCUUCUACAGGACCUCGGGGUAUUCCGACGAAAGGUAUCCGAUGAUAAAGGCCGGUUUUUAGAAAAGGCGUAUAUCCAGGAAAUACCAGCCGACGCGUGA